GGCGCCCAAAAUCACAGGCAGCCGAGCUCAGCCUACUCAGCGUCUCUUGGGUCUCCGCAAAAGAAUUGACACUUUUGCAGGUGCUUUUACUACGUGCUUACAUAUUCCACCCACUUCCUCAUCCUUUGAUUUGAGACUAUCUCUCUUCUGUUCAUCUGUUUUGUCAAAACGCCAAGAAAAAAGGGGGCCCAAAAAGAAAUAGCCGAAGACGUUCAAGCUCUCCGUCAACCGCGCCAGCACAAAAGGGACAAAUCUUUGUUGUAUAAAGUCAUUCCAGAGAUCGAUAUUGCCCCUCGACACUCAUAACCACCAAGCCACAUAUUAUUUAUUACGGUAAACAUCGUUAUUUGUCUAUAACAAUAGCAAAGUUACUCCUACCUGACGAUACCCGUCUCAGAUACCUGGUCCCACCUUUAACUUGUCCAGUGACAAACCUUCACGUUACCCACGGUACUAUAUAUACCUCAAUCAUACAAGUGUAGCCACAUGUCAGACCCAGCGGCUUCGAUUCAGGCAACCCCUGCGACAGCGACGAACCCUCCGGCAACCCCUCCGGCAACCCCUCGAACACCCCACACAGCCCCUACUGCCCUGCCCGCGACCUCCACCAUUGCGGAGCUCUCCGGGGUCUCCAACGGUGAUGUUGAUUGGCUCGUCCGAGUUAAAUCUAAGAAGUUACAAAAAAAGCCCAAGGACGACGACGCCAAGGACCUCACCAAGCGCAAGCCGUCAGGAGUCGACGUUUCGAAGAUCCCCGCCGAGGUUUUGGCUCAUCCGCCAACGACCCCGAUCUUGCCCAAGGAUCUGUCACUCCCGCGCAAGUCAGCCUUGACUACCCAGCUUGAGAACCAGGUGGCUCCAGUGGCAGCGGUCGUUCCUACUCCGGCUUUAGCCUCGGCCUUUUCCUCAGGUCCAGUGACUCCUGCUCCAACGGCACCUACUCUCGCCCCAGCUUUGGAAGCUCGUGCCUCAAUACCACCACAGUCUGUUCCUAUCACACAGUCUGUAAGUAUAAGUUCCGCCAAAAGCGACACACAGACAUCCAGACGGCUGUCUGUCAGUAUUCAAGCGCCUUCACCGCCCGUUGCAUCUGCGCUCAGUCGCUCGUCAUCAUCCGGAAAACGCUCAUUUCUCAGUGGCCUCACGUCCAAGUUCAAAUCGCAGCCGGUGGAAGAUCCAGCUCCCAUACCGAUUCCAAUGACGGCUGCGCCAGCGUCCGCAACUACGGCCUCACCCGGGGGCCUUUUGUGGCGAAAGAUGGGCAAGUCGCCGACCAACGCAUCGCCAGCGCAGCAGGCUGUUUCACAGAAGGAGAUCGCCAAGUCCUUCAACCAGUUCUUUGAUGUGGGCGGUUAUAUUGCGCCGGUGAAAAAGGUGGAGCGUCGCCCUAGUUCCAGCGGAGCUGCGCCCAGACGCAACUCUGUGGCCUCACCUGUCACCGUGCCUCUCUUGCCUGUGGCCUCUACUCCUACCACUACCCGCGUGGUACUCAACAAAAACCCGAACAAACUCCCGCCACUUCCCCUUGACGAAAUCAAAGACAUCAAGCUCCGUCGCGUCACGUUCGACUUGAAUAGCCUCGCGAGCGAUCCACAACAGCAGAUCCCGUCACGCAAUCCACGGCGUGGUAACGUCGUUAUCCCCCUGGACUUCCUCGAACCACCGCCCCGCCUCAAUGCAGGGAUCGUGGGCCGCGAAAGCAAAACAGAAAUCAGCCCAGCCCCGUCUGCUGUUCUCUCGCCUGAGAGAAAGCGCGAGUUGUUGAUGGCGCAGGUGGCGCAGGCCGAAGCAGUACAGGAGGCUGAGCGGCACGCGCAUGACGCAAACGUGGCGGCGCGUAAGCUCGCGGAUGAAGUGAAGAAGCUCAAUAUGAAGGGCUCCUCUGCGUUUAAUCGACUCCGUCUGGAGUCGCAGCCCGGCACCUCGGAUGACAUCGUCCACGACGUGAGCGGAUUCGGCAUCGACGGUCCGAUCCACCACCACGAGAACCAUUUUGCCUCAGAGAAUUCCACCGUCUACGAUGACGAUGAGGAGGGUCACGUUCUCCAGGAGCUCCCGCUCGAUGUUAUCUACACCCGGUGCUGCCAUUUGCGUGAGAUCUUGCCCAUUCCUGCGACACUCAAGCAGCUAAAGAAUAAGCACCGGCCGUUGCAGGUGUUGAAAUUGCUCAACCCGCGGCCAACACUUAUUGACGUGUUGUCAUUCUCUGACUUCAUCUCCAUUACCCCAAUCCACACGAUCAUCUUCGACAAUGUGACAAUGACAACGGAGAUGUUGUGGAUCUUUCUCCUGUCACUUGUGGGAUCACAGCAUUUAGAGAAGUUGUCUUUACGCAACGUCGCGAUUGAUGGCGAGGGCUGGAAGUUCCUCUGCAAGUUCCUCUCGCGAAACAAGUCCGUCACGAAGUUAGACAUCUCGCAACAGAAGGUCAAAGCGGAAACGCCGUGCACGCAGCACCGCGCAGCGAUGAACUGGAACCUCUUCAUCAAUGCGAUGAUCUUGAGAGGCGGAUUAGCUGAACUUGUGAUUAACGGAUGCCGCAUGACCGAUGAGCAGUUCCAGUUGUUGAUCCGGCACGGUGUGCUCAUCGCGACACAGCGCUUGGGGAUUGCCCAGACGGAGUUGUCGGUUGCUAAGGCGCAGAUGUUGUGCGAAUGGAUUCAUGAUCCAGAAGGCGACUGCCACGGGUUGGAUGUGGCUUUUAACGACUUGUCCGGGGGGCAACUACAGCCUUUUAUCCAUCUGUUCAGUGAGAACACUCAACUCUACUUCUUUUCUCUCAACUCUACUAACAUCACUGAUGUUGCCGAGAUGUCACAGCUCUUAGAGUCAUUAGCAAAGGUAAAGACGCUCCGUUUCUUGGAUCUCUCGUCGCUCCCGGGGCUCUUUCCGGGGAUUCUUCCGGCGUUGAGAAAAAACCUUCCGUUGUUCGCAGACCUCCGCCGCAUCCACUUUGACCUCAACAAAUUGAGCGACUUGUCGAUCAAGGCGAUCAGCGAGAUCCUCCCAUACUGCAAGACCCUUAUCAAUGUAAGCUUCAUUGGGAAUAGGGAUUUAAGCUAUGACAACAUCGCGUCGCUCUACACCGCGGUGAAGCUUUCCAAUACGAUCUACACGAUGGAUAUUGACACAGACUUGGUACCGGAGGAUUUGUCGAAGCGGAUCGCGUUUUAUUUGAUGAAGAACAUGGAGAAGAGCGUAAAUAGAGAAACGACGGACUUGCAUGCGGUGUUUACCGAAGAAGAGUUGAUUUUCGACGGGUCGUUGCUCACCCAAUCUGCAGAGCGGUUGUUGGAAUACAAGCCGAGUGAGACUGCAGGGGAUGAUGAGGAAACACAACGGAUCAUUACCCGUGCAUUGGUUGAGAGGACCAGACACAUGCGUAGUGAGAUCCACAAGUGUAUCGAUGAUUUAUUCCAGAAGCGGACUCAGGGUUUGCUCCCGCUUGAGGGCAAGGAGACGUUACUCCGUUUCUGUCUUCUUGAUUCGUCUUUGGAAAAGAUUGCUGCGAUGUUUGACGAAGAUGGGGAGAUGGAAACAGAUGAAACAGAAAAGAUUGGUACUCCGAAAUUUGCUUUACCGCCUCCCCACGACCAUUUGCACGAAAAUUCCUGUGAGGUUAUUCAGUCGGGGCCAAUAGUGUCCCCAAGAAUGAUCCAGGAGACGAACCAGACAUCCUACUUUGCAGAAAUCACCACCACCGCGAACUCGUUGGCAGGAAAAGUCCUUUCGGGAAACAUACUUGUACCAGAGCACCAGCCACACCAGGUUGUCAUCGAUUCUGACAUCCCAAUUGACAACGCUACUGGAAUGCCGGUGUUGAUCCGCUCUAUUUCGCUGCAGUCAGUCCAGGCGCGGCGCCAGGAGGAGGAGGAAGGCGAGUUGCACAAGUUCGGCUUCUUUAUGCAAAGCAAGGACAUGGAAUUGGGAGAGCCGGCAAACGACGAAAGCGAGGCAAAGCCACUUGCAGUGGACAGCACCUUUAUUCCCUUAGGGGUCGUUCCGUCGGGUUCUGAGUUGCGUGAGGCGAUCAUCAAGGCCAAAGGGAUUGACUCCGUCGCGGAUCUCAUCCAUAAUAUCCAGCACAAUCGCGUGCGCUUGGAUACUUUGUACCCAAAAGAUGUUGCAGUGAACACCCCAACUCCUUGCGAAGUGUGCCGCAAUGGCAGAAUUAGGGGUGACACCGAGUCCAUUAGCUCUGACGAUGAGGUGAACCGGGAGGGGUGUGUAUGCGAGAACGACAACUACAAAGCCGUGGUGGAUGAGACAUAUAAUAAGUUGCUCCAGGCAGUGGAAAGAGUGCGGUCCAAGCCGGAGGUGGCCUAAGCGAACACUCGGCGGUCUACGGAAGAUUAGAUGUUCAUGGAAACGAUUUGUGUGGAAAAAUACUAAUUUAUGAAAAUUUAAACGUAGCCACGGUAUAGGAGCCGGAAAGACCAAAAUUCACCUUGUAGAUGACGAUAUAGCGGA